AUGAGAGCCAACGAACACACCGCGCUGGUCGGUCGCAGCGUAGUUCUAGUUCCUUACCAGAGAAAACAUGUCCCGAAAUACCACGAAUGGAUGAAGGAUCCGACUUUGCAGGAGUUGACCGCCAGCGAACCCCUGUGCAUCGAAGCCGAAUACGAUAUGCAACAAAAAUGGCAGGUCGACGAGGACAAGCUCACGUUUAUCAUACUUGCGCGUACGCCGGACGCGGGCGAUGACUCGCACCUUGAUGUGGCCACAAUUGACGCUCUGCCUAUGAUUGGAGACGUGAACCUCUUUCUUCAAGGGGUCCCUCCGGACUUGCGAAAGGACGACGACGAGACAGUAGAGGACGAGUUCACCGCAGAGGCAGAAAUCAUGAUUGCAGAACCAGCGUAUCGCCGUCAAGGUCGUGCUCUUGAAGCUAUAUCUCUGCUUCUUCACUAUGCUACGGGCGGUGCCUUUCCGUUGGCGAAAGGAGUGCCUGCACCACGACAUGUCUCUAUUCCUUCACCUGACACGGCCAGUGUGGCGCCACCAGCCGCGGAGUACAAGUCACCACUCCCAAUACCGCCCACUUCACUGCUCUGUCGCAUCUCCAGUACGAACACUCCCAGCAUCCGGCUCUUUGAGCGGCUCGGGUUUGUGGUCGUACGUGAGGUUGCAGUGUGGAAAGAGGUCGAGAUGCGCUAUGGCGCUGUGAUACCGGCGUUAUAA